AUGAACCGGGCACUGAAACUACGCAAACAUUAUUUCAAUGGCUAUUAUUAUAUAUUGCCGGAGAUUGGUGACCGAGUGCCUGUAAUCCAGGACAAAUCAAAAUUAUGCUAUAAUAUGGCAUUUGUAAUGGAAAUGUUACGCUUUAGAAAUCCCACUCCUCUGAGCGUAUUUCAUAAAGCACUCGUAGAUUGUAAACUAGGUCCGUUUAACAUACCUAAAAACACCCAGGUCGUACUGCACCAGGCAGGUAUUCUUAUGAAUGAACAGUACUGGUGCGAGCCAAACCAAUUUAAGCCCGAACGAUUUUUGGACAAGCAUGGUCAAUUUCUAGACACAAAACAUUCCGCUUAUAUACCAUUCAGCUGCGGACGCCGUAUUUGCCCCGGCGAACAGUUGGCCAUCACUGACUUAUUUUUGAGCUUAGUUAGGUUUAUACAGUUGACUUCAAGCUAUCGAAUAGAGUUUUACAAUGAACAUGUGAUUUAA